AUGAAGCUGAACAUUUCGUACCCUGCGAACGGCUCGCAGAAGCUGAUCGAGGUCGAGGAUGAGCGCAAGCUCCGUCACUUCAUCGAGAAGCGCAUGGGCGCUGAGGUCCCCGCCGACCCCCUUGGUGAUGAGUGGAAGGGCUACAUCCUCCGCAUCACCGGCGGUAACGACAAGCAGGGUUUCCCCAUGAAGCAGGGUGUCAUUGCCCCCAACCGUGUCCGCCUUCUCCUUUCCGACGGCCACUCCUGCUACCGUGCCCGCCGCAGCGGUGAGCGCAAGAGAAAGUCCGUCCGCGGUUGCAUCGUCGGCUCUGAUCUCUCCGUCCUUGCUCUCGCCAUCGUCAAGCAGGGCGAGCAGGACAUCCCCGGCCUCACCGAUGUCGUCCACCCCAAGCGUCUCGGCCCCAAGCGCGCCACCAAGAUCCGCCGCUUCUUCGGCCUCAGCAAGGAUGACGAUGUCCGCAAGUACGUCAUUCGCCGCGAGGUCCAGCCCAAGGGUGAGGGCAAGAAGCCCUACACCAAGGCUCCCAAGAUCCAGCGCCUCGUCACUCCCCAGCGCCUCCAGCACAAGAGACACCGUCUCGCUCUCAAGCGCCGCCAGGCCGAGAAGGUCAAGGAGGAGGCUUCUGAGUACGCCCAGAUCCUCGCCAAGCGCAUCGCUGAGGCCAAGGUCCAGAAGGCCGAUGCCCGCAAGCGCCGCGCCUCCUCCAUGCGCAAGUAA